UCCUUCCCCUCCCGGCCUCCUCCAACUGCCAUGUCUCGCCGCGCCGCAAUGGCAUCAUCCGCCGCCCCCCGCGCGCGCCUUUCGCCGCCGGCGCCAGCCGUUCGCCCCCCGCGGAAGCGGCGCCGGUCGCCGCCCGCCCAAGGAAGCAUAUCUUCGUGGCGCGCAUGCGCAUCCACCGAGAACGCCGCGCCCCGCGACCAACGCAGCCGCUGGCAAGCCCCGGAGCGUGCCCCUGGUCGCGUCUGGCGGCAGUUCCGCCCGCCGCAGCCUGCCUUGCCCUCCUCGCGGCGGUGGGUUUCAUCGGAAGACGCCUCUACCUCCUCUUCCGGAGACACCUGCACAAUCAUGUCAUACAACAUCUUGGCUGAUUACAAUGCAAGGAACCAUCCUGACCUUUAUUGGGAUGUCCCUUGGGAUGCAAUGAGGUGGGAUUCAAGGAGGCGGCUUAUUAUCCGUGAAAUUAGGCACUGGGACCCUGACCUAGUGUGUCUCCAAGAGGUGGAUAGGUUUCAGGACAUUGCUGCAGGAAUGAGGAGCAGUGGGUAUGAAGGUAUAUUUCAGAGGCGAACUGGAGAUACUAGAGAUGGAUGUGCCAUGUUUUGGAAGUCAAAACGGUUACAUCUGCUUGAGGAAGAUAGUAUUGACUUUAGUGAAUUCGAUCUCCGAAAUAAUGUUGCUCAAAUAUGUGUUUUUGAGCUUAAUGGAGCACACAAAUUAGUUCUUGGGAAUAUUCAUGUUUUGUUUAAUCCAAAGAGGGGUGAUGUAAAAUUAGGCCAGAUUCGAUUGCUACUUGAGAAGGCAAAUGCUCUUGCUGAAAAAUGGGAUAAAAUUCCUAUUGUGCUUGCUGGUGAUUUCAACAGCACACCUGAUAGUGCUAUCUACAAGUUCUUGACGACAAUGAAGCUGAACAUUUCUUUGCAUGAUAGAAGACAGUUAUCUGGACUUGAUAGCUCUGAAUUUGAUCUAUACGAGCUUUUCAGUUCACUGAAAUACCAAUGGAGUGAUGAAGAAGUGAGAAAUGCGACUGGGUAUUCAAAUGUUAUGGUCGCUGAACAUCCAUUGAAGCUCAGUAGUUCAUAUGCUAAUUUAAAGGGAAAUUCAAACAAUAGGGGUCUUCAUGGUGAACCUCUAGCAACCUCCUUUCACAAGAAAUUUCUUGGCACGGUGGAUUACCUGUGGUACACUCAUGGACUUGAAUGCUCCAAGGUUUUGGACACUUUCCCUAUAGGUGUUUUGAGGAGAACAAGGGGUCUUCCAACCAGGGAAAUUGGCAGUGAUCAUUUGCCCAUUAUGGCUGAAUUCGCCUUCACAGAAUUACUUGAAGAUGAUUUUGAGGGACAAGAUGAGUCUGAGCAAGAUGAUGAGUCUGAGCAAGAAGUGACCACAGCGCAACACGUAUAUCUCUCAGAUGGCGAGUCCCAUUGAAGUGACCAAGUGAUCCAGUUGGUCAAAUAGGUCUAAGGUACAUUAUUGGAGAACUGGGAGCAUGGUGCGCGCGAUACUACACUGCGUCUGCCAAGGUCCUUAAAACAGAAGUUCUCCAUCAGUAUGGAAGGAAUUUCGCCGGUACCUUUGCCGAUGUAGUUUCUGUAGGGGAGGCAAAUUCUGCUCCCCAUUGUCCCAAGCGGAGCAGAAUCAGGUAUGUGACGAGAAGAACCAUAUAGUCAGCAAUUCAGCUGCUGGAUUUAUUCUGCAUCAGAUGUGUCAACGAUAGUGUUGACCAGUAUGUUCCAACACGAUAAUUCUAUGCAUGCUGUACCGAUAGAGGUUAACUGGCACCUUCAUUUGUAAUCGUACACCUCUACUGACAGUACAUGUUGUACUUCUGGUUCUGCACUCGUAUGGGUGUGUAGCAUGGAAAGUGAAGUGCCGAAUGGCUGUCAUCA